GUAUGGGCUGCCAAAUGUAUUUAUAUUAAUUUUGAAAGAACGACACAAGUUUUCUUGUUCAUUGGUUACUUUUGCAAGAGACGAGUCGGUGGUCGGAUCGUUUUUUUAGCGGCUUGUGUUUUUUCAAUUGGAUUUGGUUUUAAGGCUGAUUUUGCUUACUUCAAAAUGGAUACUUUUGGAACUGGUGCAACUCAAUCUGAAAGGAACGAGUGUGGAGUUUUAAACUCAAACUUAAAUCAUUUUGAUGAUUUUAUGGAGAAAUUUCCUGCAGACCCUGCUUACAUUGGUGCCAUAAUUGGUCGUGGCGGUUGUAAAAUUAAAGAAAUUAGAACAAACUUCAACGUUUAUAUACAUAUAAACAAUGACACCAAGGAAAUUUCUGUCAAGGGUCGUAAUAGAAAAAAUGUUGACGAUGCAGUCAAAUAUAUUCGUGAUAUUAUGUCUGGUCAAGAAAAUAGAAAUUUUUCAUUUCCAAAUCACGAAGUCUCGCACAAUCCCAAAGUUGUAUUAAAAGAAAAUACAAUGAAUCGUUUUAAUGCUUCUUCCGAAAAUGACAAUAUUCAGGUUGCAGCUCCAAAAUCUGGAGAAAGUGGUGGAAUUAGAUUAAAUGCGCCUACGAAAAAUGUAUAUAAUGGUGGCGCCGAAAACCAUGUAGUAUUGCAGCCUAUCGAUUGGGAAACUUUGAAUAGAAAAGUUGAAGAACAUCGUAGGUUACACUGGGCGCAUCUGCCAGACUUGAGAAAAAAUUUUUAUGAAGAAGUAGAGGAAGUCGCUAUUAAGACAGAAGAAGAAGUGAAUGAAAUGCGUUAUUUAAACAAUAAUAUAAGUGUUUCCCGUUUGGUGACAAAUGAAGAUCAAAUGUGUCCUGAUAUACCGAAACCAAUUUGGAAAUUUCAACAUUGUUUCAAAGAUUAUCCUGAUAUCCUUGAUGAGUUAAAGAAACAAAAUUUUAAUGAACCAUCACCAAUACAGAAGCAAGCAUGGCCUAUAUUAUUGAGAGGCGAGGAUAUGAUAGGUAUAGCCCAAACAGGGACUGGAAAAACUUUAGCAUUUCUGCUUCCUGCUUUGAUUCAUACUGAUGGACAGACUACACCACGUGAGAAACGUAAUGGUCCAAAUAUAUUAAUUUUAGCGCCAACGCGAGAAUUAGCAUUACAAAUAGCAAAAGAAGUUAACAAGUACUCGUUCCGUGGAAUAAAAGCUGUAUGCAUUUAUGGUGGUGGGAAUCGUCGUGACCAAAUUAGUGUUUUCAAAGAAGGAGCUGAAUGCGUUAUUUGUACUCCUGGACGUCUUAAUGAUUUGGUUCAAGCUAAAGUUAUAGACAUUACAUCAGUUACAUAUUUAAUACUAGACGAAGCGGAUCGUAUGCUGGAUAUGGGUUUCGAGCCACAGAUCCGAAAAAUUCUACUCGACAUACGUCCUGACAGGCAGACCGUCAUGACUAGUGCCACCUGGCCACCAAGUGUUGGUAGAUUGGCCGAAAGUUAUAUGAACAAUCCUAUUCAAGUGUGUGUUGGUUCGCUUGAUUUAACUGCCACUCAUACUGUGAGUCAAAAUGUAGAACUCUUGGAGGAUGCGGACAAAUUUAAUACGGUAAUAUUAUUUGAAAACUUAAAUAAGAAGAAUUAUGAAGAACAAUGUAUUUAUCCUCCUCGGUCCUGAAGGCUUCCCACAAAA